ACCAAUAUCUAUGGCCAACUGUUCUUCAUCUAUUGCUGCAGAUACUAAAACAACCAAUAUGGCCGCUGAUCAUCUCUCUAAAACAAGCAAAACAAGUAAAGCCCAUGAGGGUUCUUUAGAUUUCGACAACUAUCAACCAGUGAUAGCGUCGCCUAGAGUCAGAUGUCAAGAUGCAAAGCCCAAUGGCACAUCAUCAUCAUCAGUGCAGCAGGAUGCUUUGCAACCGAUGCCAAAGAGUGCAAUUCAGCAAGAGGAAUCUGGCCGAGAAAAACUGUUUCGGCAUUGGAAUGAAGUGGCUGGAAGAGUUUGCAUACCCGAAAUCUGGGGUCAGGAGGCUUUUCUGAAUGAUUGGAUGGAUUGUUCUUUGUUUGAUUCGUUGCUUGCUCCCAAAGGAGCUGUUUCAGCUCGUGAAGCACUGAUUGCUGAGAGAAAACGAGACAGCACGAGACACUUGAUGAAAAUGGAAACCAGGGGGAACAAUUCAUCUGUAAGGCAGGGAAGUGCUCGAUCUGGUGAUCUUAAACCAUCUAUCGAUGCAUAUACAAAAUACUGA